AUUCACUUCCACUUUGGAUAGCUGCAUUCCACAGAAUUCUUAGAUACAUACGCACUGUCAUAAUACAGCAUGUAUAAAUCUGUCGUCACCCGCGCGGCAAGGCAGCUCGCUCAACCCAUUGGCCGCCGAUAUGUUUCUACGCCUGCCGCCUUCGACUGGAGAGACCCUCUAGGAGCAGCGUAUAACUUCACAGAGGAAGAGCAAGCAAUAUCAGAGACUGCAGAGUCAUACUGCCAGGAAAGAAUGCUUCCAAGAGUCCUUGAGGCAUACAGAACGGAGACUUAUGACAAGAAAAUAUUGGAGGAGAUGGGAGAGCUGGGCUUGCUCGGUGCCACGAUACAAGGCUAUGGCUGUGCAGGUGUUUCUUCAGUGGCAUCUGGGUUGAUUACACGAGCAGUGGAAAGAGUGGACUCGGGCUAUCGAUCAGGAAUGAGUGUGCAGUCCUCUCUAGCAAUGGGCGGCAUUGAAGAGUUUGGAUCAGAAGAGCAGAAGGAGAAGUUCUUGCCAGAGAUGGCAAAAGGAAGGAUGUUGGGCUGCUUUGGUCUGACGGAGCCUAAUCACGGCUCGGAUCCUGGAAGCAUGGAGAGCGUGGCGAAGCCACAUCCUACGAAAGAAGGAUACUAUAGCUUGUCGGGCUCCAAGACGUGGAUCACAAACUCUCCAAUUGCAGAUGUAUUGCUCGUAUGGGCCAAGCUACAGGAGACGGGCAAGAUUCGUGGCUUCCUCAUUGAGCGAUCAAAGUGCCCACCGGGCACACUUGAGACACCAAAAUUGGGAGACAAGAACGGUCUCCGAGCAUCUAUUACUGGCAUGAUUCACAUGGAUAACCUGCCAGUAGCAAAGGAGAUGAUGUUUCCAGAGAUUGAAGGUCUGCGAGGUCCGUUCUCAUGCCUGAACGGUGCCCGGUAUGGUAUCGCGUGGGGGGUGAUUGGUGCGCUGGAGGAUUGCAUUGCUCGUGCCCGAGAGUAUGCACUCGAGCGCAAGCAAUUCAAGGGCAAUCCUAUUGCCAAGUACCAGCUUGUGCAGAAGAAGCUCGCAGAUGCGACUACGGAUGCAGCGUUCGGGAUCCAAGCUGCAUACCAAGUUGGGCGUCUGAAGGACGAAGGCAAGGCUGCGCCUGAGAUGAUUUCUAUGAUCAAGCGCCAAAACUGCGACCGCGCACUGAUGGGCGCACGAAACCUGCAGGAGAUAUUUGGUGGCAAUGCUGCCAGCGAUGAGUACCAUAUUGGCCGACAUGUCUCGAACUUGUUUGUGACUCAGACAUAUGAGGGCCAGAGCGAUAUUCACGCUCUGAUCCUUGGUCGGGCCAUAACCGGCAUCCAGGCCUUUGUAUAAACACUGGGGGGUUUCAGGUUGCCGUCAGUGGACGUCAUUUUUGAGGCAGCCGGUAUAGCGUUCAGCCCUAACGAGCAGGAUAUACCGCUUCGACGAGUGUCAAUAUACCUAUGUAGCAUACACUCGUGGAACAUGACUGAAUGUGAGCAAUCCAUCACCAGGAGAAUUGAUUCUAUCGUACAUGUAGUCACUAAGACAAAGACGGCACGUGCGUAC